GGCGGGUCCCGGCAGCCGCACACGCCGCUCCCGCCGUGCUCGGCUUAAAUAGGGCGGCGCCGGGGGGAGCCGCGCACUGUAGAGCCGUGGUCGUUGUUGCCGCCGGGAGAUUCCAGCAUCGGGACAACCCGCACUGAACUGCAAUGCAAGCACAUGAGUUGUUCAGAUACCUACGGAUGCCAGAACUUGGGGAUGUCAGACAGUAUGUGCGCACCCUUCCAACAAAUACGCUGAUGGGCUUCGGUGCUUUCGCAGCUCUCACGACCUACUGGUAUGCGACGAGGCCGAAAGCACUAAAACCACCAUGUGAUUUAGCAAUGCAGUCUGUGGAAGUGGAGGGUGGUGAGCAUGCUCGAAGGUCCUCUCUUCUUAACAGCAAUGAACCAUUGGUUUUCUACUACGAUGAUGUGAGAACAGUCUAUGAUGUCUUCCAAAGGGGUCUGCAAGUAUCAAAUAAUGGUCCAUGUCUAGGUUUUAGAAAACCAAACCAGCCAUAUGAGUGGAUCUCCUAUAAAGAGGUUUCAGACAGAGCUGAGUGCGUGGGCUCUGCGUUACUCCACCGAGGCUUCAAACCGUCGCAAAUUCAAUAUAUAGGAAUCUUCGCACAAAACAGACCUGAGUGGGUGAUCAUUGAGCAGGGAUGCUACGCCUUCUCCAUGGUGGUGGUGCCACUCUAUGACACACUGGGAACUGAGGCAAUUACCUACAUUGUGAACAAAGCUGACUUGUCGUUGGUUUUCUGUGACAAAGCUGACAAGGCCAAACUUCUGCUAACCAGUGUGGAAAAGGGGGAAACUCCAAUACUCAACACCAUUGUUAUCAUGGAUUCUUUUGGCAUGGAUCUUGUGGAACGUGGCAAAAAGUGUGGGGUGGAAGUCUUCAGCAUGAGAGAACUCGAGGAUCUGGGAAGAGCACACAGGCAAAAACCUAUGCCUCCAAAGCCAGAAGAUCUAGCAGUCAUCUGUUUCACCAGUGGAACGACAGGAAACCCCAAAGGAGCAAUGAUCACUCACCAAAACAUAGUCAGCAAUGCUUCAGCUUUUGUGAAAACUACAGAGAAAACGUUUAUGCCUUCCCCUGAUGACGUUCUGAUAUCAUUCCUGCCCUUGGCUCAUAUGUUUGAGAGAGUCGUUGAGACUGUGGUUCUGUGCCACGGAGCUCGGAUAGGAUUCUUCCAAGGGGAUAUCAGGCUACUUAUGGAUGACCUAAAAACGUUGCAGCCAACUGUAUUUCCUGUAGUACCCAGGUUAUUGAACAGAAUGUUUGACAAGAUCUUUGGACAGGCAGAUACUGCAUUAAAGAGGUGGAUGCUGGAUUUUGCUUCCAAGAGGAAAGAAGCAGAACUCAGAAGUGGUAUAGUUAGAAAUAACAGUUUCUGGGAUAAAGUCAUCUUCCGUAAAAUACAGGCAAGUUUGGGAGGAAAAGUGAGGCUCAUGAUCACAGGGGCAGCACCUGUAUCUGCAAGUGUUCUGACCUUCCUGAGAACAGCUCUUGGCUGUCAGUUCUAUGAAGGCUAUGGACAGACAGAAUGCACAGCUGGAUGCUCACUGUCACUGCCUGGUGACUGGACAGCAGGUCAUGUUGGAGCACCCAUGCCAUGCAGUAUCAUCAAGCUUGUUGAUGUACAAGAAAUGAAUUACUUGGCUGCCAAAGGAGAGGGUGAGGUGUGUGUGAAAGGGCCAAACGUAUUCCGUGGCUAUUUGAAAGAUCCAGAAAAAACAGCAGAAGCUCUGGACAAAGAUGGCUGGCUCCACACAGGAGAUAUUGGGAAAUGGCUACCAAAUGGUACAUUGAAGAUCAUUGACCGGAAAAAACACAUAUUUAAACUAGCCCAGGGAGAGUACAUAGCACCAGAGAAAAUAGAAAACGUGUAUCUGAGAAGUGAAGCGCUUGCUCAAGUGUUUGUCCACGGAGAGAGCUUGCAGGCCUUCUUAGUAGCUAUUGUGGUACCCGAUCCUGAGACUUUGCGCAACUGGGCCAAGAAAAAGGGAUUUGAAGGCUCGUAUGAAGAGCUCUGCAGAAACAAGGACCUCAAAAAACACAUUCUGGAAGACAUGCUGAGGAUCGGGAAGGAAUCGGGUUUGAAGUCAUUUGAACAGGUUAAAGACAUCUUCAUGCACACGGAAAUGUUUUCUAUUGAAAACGGGCUGCUGACACCCACGCUGAAGGCGAAGAGACCAGAGCUGCGCAAAUAUUUCCAGUCGCAGAUAGAUGAACUCUAUGCUAAUGCCAAAAUGUAACUGCUGAGCGGAACGGCGAGGGAAAGCGGCGCGCGUCUGAUGUCUACUGUUGGCCUUCAUAUCUGUAAUUUUGACUACAGCAAACCUAGGGAAGGAAACUGUGCAAUCAUUAACUUGUACAAAAAUGGGUACUUGCCAUAGGAACACGGAAGAGAUGGACACACUGCCUUACUGUCGAGUUGUGUUGCAUACUGUUUUUAUGGUGACCUACAAUUUCCAAAAAGAGCCUUAACUAUAAAUGGUAACUAUAUAUGUAAGUUAUUUAAGACUUCCUUGGCCAAAAAAAAUGGGACUCUCCUUCACCAAGGAGCUAAGGUUUUCUUAUUGCCAGCAUGUUUGCUGUCUGCGGUGUCUCUUGCAGUUGUCAAUUCCACUAAGGAUUUGGCGGGUUUGAAAAUGCCUCUAUCUUGCAUCCUCAGAAGGAUUACUUAAUAAAAAAAAACAAACCAACAUCCAAACCCCAGACAAACACCAACCACCAAAAAAAAAAACCCACCUCUACAGUUGUACAGCUGGUAUCACACCUUGCAUUAGUCCUAAUAUUAACUGGGGCAAAGAUUUUGAGUGGUUUUUCUCCCUCUUAUAUCUGUAGCCAGUUCUGAGAUCUGCUUUCCAUAAGGGUAGAAGUCAGAACUCCACCUGGAUGAGACUGCUGAGUACCAGUUCCUCACUGGUUCCACGCUGAAAGUGCGGGUAAUUCAGCUGGGGAGGCCUUGGCUACCUUAACACCCCCCCAGGGUAAUGCCAGCCCUGUAAACCAACAGAUCCCAACUCUGGCAAAAACAAACAACACUACAGACUGAAAACCAAAACCAUUCAGGAGGCUGGGCUGUGCUAACAGUCAGGUAAACACCCCACCUGUCCUACCCACUCGCUUCCCUGUAUUUAAAAUGCAUUUUUUUAAUUUAAAAAUGUGCCAGGUCCUCUGUAAGCAGAAGAGCUUCUGACAUAACCUCUCGGUUUUCUGUGCUUUACGUAUGAGCCACUGAGUAUUUCUUCACCGAAUAGCAAACUAGGUCAGGUAGAAUGGUUAUUUUGUUUUUUGCCUGAUGCUUUGCAGCAAUUGGGAAGUAUUUAAAUAUCCCAACGGAACUGUGCGUUGGCACAGGAUAGGUAUUUGUUCAGGGAUUAAAAACCUAAUUCCCAGAUAAAUUACAAAAAUAACUAGUUACCUUUUUUGUUUGAGAAAUCAGCAGAAAUAAGCCUUAUUACAGCAUAAGUCUUUUGCUAUCCUUAACAGAGUUGGUUUUGCAUUAGCAUUCAUUGCUGGUUUUUUUUUUUUUUGAAAACAUGGAUAUAUGUAAAAUACAAGCACAACAAGGUUUGCACUAAGAUUUGUGUGUGAUUGUAAUGCACUACUCUGUAGCAUAAUUUCAUACCUGUGUGCAAUUAAAGGUACACAAAUCCGAGUCAACUGUUAGAGCGGUAGUUUGUUACAUUGGAAUUCAAAUGUUUGCUUAGUGUUGGCUAUUUCUAUGUUUUAUAAAACCAAAACAAUUUUCAAAACCAAUGAAGGAAACCAAAAUAAAUAUUUCUGCAUUUCAA